AUGUCGGGCGUUCUUUGCUGCUGGGCAAAUAUAUCCGAAGAGGUGGCAGAAUGGUUCGAGGACGAGUAUCUGGCCACGACAGUAAAUGAAAAUGUUGCCCACUCGGUCCACUGCGAAGUCACCUCGAGCGGCAUGGAAAAUGAACCAGUCGGAAAACUCGACUCGCCAUGGCCUUACUUGACAAUCCACGAAGUGUACAGUGUCGACGAGGCAAACAAGACCACCAACGACAGGAUCAAAAACCCACCUGCACCGCUCGUCGCAAGCCCGCUCAAUGGCUCGCGCUUUGAUAUACGGACAUACCGCGAGAUUAAAAGGUGGCAGGCUGAAGAUUGGGAAGGCGAGGGCGGCGACAUCGAGCACGUUGCGAGCGUAGCAGCCAUGGAAUGGAGCAUCGAGGCCUACAAGAAAGAGGAGAUUAUGAAGUUUUACACAGACGUCGUUGGUCCGACAAUCAGCAGCUCGCCUGACGUACUGCGUUUCCGCGUCUUCGAAAUUGACAGUGCAACCACCAUAGAGGGCGAAAAGAGCGAAGUCAAAGAGAAGGAAAACCUGCACCAGCUCUUCACCCUUGUAGAACUCGAGUCUGAAGAGUGGCCUUGGGACGUCGUCAUCGACCUUGCUGAAGAGCAAGCUUGGAAAGAUUACUUCGAAAAGCAGCAUUGUGUGAAAUGGCAGCUGAGUCACUACUUGGUGAGAAAAGCAUUCCACAAAGAAAACAGGGGGCCCGCUGCCUCAAAAUAG